GCCCCGGGGCGGUACCCGCGGCCCAGUUCCUGGUGUCGGGGAUGGCGCGGUGGGGGAGCGUCCCGCCGCCGCUCUGCCUGCUCCUCAGCCUGCUCGCCUGCCUGCCCCUCUGCCUCCCGCGGCCCGCCCCGCACCUGGUGCUGGUUCUGGCCGACGACCUGGGCUGGGGCGACGUGGGCUGGCACGGCUCGGCCAUCCGCACGCCGCGUCUGGACGCGUUGGGUGCGGGGGGCGUGCGGCUGGAGCGGUAUUACACUCAGCCCCUCUGCACACCCUCCCGCAGCCAGCUCCUCACCGGCCGCUACCAGAUUCACACAGGUUUACAACACCAGAUAAUUUGGCCAUGCCAGCCCAGCUGUGUGCCACUGGAUGAGAAACUCCUCCCAGAGCUACUUCAAGAGGCAGGAUACGUCACUCACAUGGUGGGGAAGUGGCAUUUAGGGAUGUACAGAAAAGAAUGUCUUCCAACCCACAGAGGAUUUGAUACUUACUUUGGCUAUCUUCUGGGGAGUGAGGAUUAUUACUCUCAUGACCACUGUGUCCUCAUCAAAGCAAAGAACACAACACGCUGUGCUCUGGACUUUCGAGAUGGAGAAGAAGUUGCAACUGGUUUUAAAAACAUGUAUUCUACUAACUUAUUCACAGAAAGAGCUGUGGAUCUUAUAGCCAAUCAUAAAACUGAGAAGCCUCUGUUUCUCUACCUGGCUUUUCAGUCUGUCCAUGAACCUCUUGAGGUCCCUGAAGAAUACAUGAAACCAUAUUCCUCCAUUGCAGAUGCAAAGAGGCGCCAUUAUGCAGGGAUGGUGACUCUUAUGGAUGAGGCUGUUGGAAAUCUUACUGAUGCACUGAAAAGAUACGGUCUUUGGGACAACACGGUUCUUGUUUUCUCUACUGAUAAUGGAGGGCAAACUUUGGCAGGUGGGAAUAACUGGCCGCUGAGAGGAAGAAAAUGGACCCUGUGGGAAGGUGGAGUGAGAGGUGUAGGCUUUGUUGCAAGUCCUUUACUGAAACGAAAAGGUGUAGAAAGUCACGAGCUCAUCCAUAUCUCUGACUGGCUGCCAACGCUGGUGCACCUUGCUGGAGGACAGACCAAUGGCACUAAGCCUUUGGAUGGCUUUAAUGUUUGGCACACUAUCAGUGAAGGAAGACCUUCCCCCAGAUUGGAACUACUGCACAACAUAGACCCUAUGUUUGUCGAUGACUUCCCAUGUCUUGGCAUUGACAAUAGGAUAUCUCUACCACAAAACAAUUCUUCUUCAUGGGAUCAUAGACUUUUCAAUAUAUCCAUUCAUGCAGGAAUCCGAAGAGGAAAAUGGAAGUUACUAACUGGAUAUCCAGGAUGCAGUCAUUGGUUCCCUCCACCAUCUUUGUUCAACGAGUCAAAGAUUCAAUCAUCUGAUCCACCAACAAAGAGACUUUGGCUAUUUGAUGUUGUUCAUGACCCUGAAGAGAAAAAUGAUUUGUCUGACAAAUAUCCUCAUGUGGUGGAAAAACUGCUCUCACGGCUUCAGUUUUAUUAUAAACAUUCAGUGCCCGUAUUCUACCCCGAAGAGGAUCCUCGCUGUGAUCCGGCAGCAACUGGGGCUUGGGGCCCGUGGGCAUAGUACACAGUGCUGCAUCCUGCAAAAUAACCCUGUAACAGAGCUUGGUUUAUGGACUCAGGGUCCUAGUCAAAUAUUUCUUACCUUGUGCAUUAAACUAUUGCUAAUUGUGAGUUCAUUCCUUGAGCAGUUCAGUAUUUCUUCCUCUUAAAAUAUUUUGGGACUCCUAUUUUAGUUUUUUACUAAUCUGUCUUUCCCAAUAACUGUAUGUGAAAUGCUAGUUAAAUAUGUUGUUCAAAUAUUCUUUGCCCAGAUUUUGAUACAGAAGGUAAAACAUUGACUCUCUCUUUAAAAGAGAUUACUUUUCUUAAAAAGCUGCAAUGAAUCCUGGCAGCAG